AUGGCCGACAAACACUCCCACCAGGUAACGACCCUCUGGCAGUUUAAUAUAUCCACGCAUUGAAAUAAAGGAACCUAACUUUCUAUAGAACAUUUAGACACUGAUAUACCGUAUCCAUUUGAUCUAAAAUAGAUUUAGCCUAAUGAUAAACAGAUAUAGAUUAUCUUUCUUAAUACACCCUAAUUUGCUGAUUUUCGAUGUGGUAGAUGCAGCAAUUGGAUUUCACAUUAUAACACAAGCCACCAUGCAUUUAAUGCUUGGAAUUCUAGAUCAUAUAGAACAUUCUUCAAAGGGCAAAUAAAACCUAGGAACCAGAACUGAGUUGCUUCACAUUUAAAACCUGAUCCCUUAUUUCGAUAUAUGAAAGGUUGUUUUUUUUAGGUUGUAAGCUCAUUACGACAUACACCUUUUCAUCUAAUGUUCCCGUAAGUCAAACAUGUUUUGUUAGAAUAGUUUGUCUGCUUUUACCUAUUGUACAGCACUGCGGAAUAUGAUGGCGCUAUGUAAAUAAUUGUCUCGCUGAAGUUAAUAGGGAGAAGUUCUUACAGGGACGCAGUCAGGGAUAUCCGUGUGUUUUCCUUAUGAAUGUUUUAUUUUUAGAAUGUAAACGGUGAUAGCUUUUUAUGUACAUGGACUUAAAUGUGUUUUUGUUUAACCCCUUAAGGACCAAACUUCUGGAAUAAAAGGGAAUCCUGACAUGUCACACAUGUCAUGUGUCCUUAAGGGGUUAAAGGAACAUUGUAGUGUUAGGAAUGCACAUUUUUACUAUCCUUAAGUCUGCGCCAUGCAGCUCACAGAGGCUGUCCCCGCCUCCCUGGCUAAGAUACUCUAUCUUGAUGAUCUUAUCCAAUCAAUGUUCUCCCUGUGAGACCAUCUAGUUCAAAUGAAUUGGGCAGAUGGUUGGGUUACAGCCUCCAUGCAGGGCUCUGAGAUCAGACAAGCGAUUUAACCUCGUUACUCACUCUUAAUUACUUGUGUGUCUGACAUCUGGCAAUAUACAGCACAGCGAUGGAGGUGAUUAUCACAUGAUCGCUAGUUGCCCUUCUGAAUAUGCGGCAGUGCGUAGACCUGCACUGACUGAGCACAUUAAAAAGCAGUGUGUAUUUUCCGUUACAGAAUCACCAUUGCCACCACACUGCACAUUGCAGGGUACAUAGCCCCGAGUCACACAAACAGAGAGAUUUAGUUUGGAUGAUGCGUCCGGGUCUCGGUUGGGGAUGUAAUGGUCCUCAGGCAUCAUCUCUAAGAUUAAUAUCAAACCACCCAAUCAUUGUCCCUUUCAUCCAAGCUGGAGGGCGUUGGUUGGCUGAGAGUGCUGCGGACAUGUUCUCCCUGAAUUCUUAGCCAAUCAGUGCUGGACAGGUUAAACCAAACUGACCGUGAUCAUGUGAAGGAAGUAAUUCUGCAUCUUUGCUGAGAUGGGUGCAGACCCUCAAUAUAAUGAAGACCCUUGGUUUCUAACUGUACUAUAAUGAACCCUAUGUCUUUUAAUCACUCACAAUCACAGUAAGUGAUGAGGCCACGUGUCCAGUUCAUCCUGAUAUACAAUAUAAUGAUGAAAAAGGAACAUUUUCCGUUUCUUAAAAUUAGUGGUUGGGGCUCUUGGUUUAAUUUGGACAGUGAUGAGAUUCACCUGUAAGCCUCCCUCUCACUUGCAAUCCCUGUGUGUAAAGGGGGAGCAUGGAGUCUCGCUUGGACCACAAAAAGCUCAGUGAUUAAGUUGUUACAUGGAUCUAUAUAAUGCAUUAAAAGGUCCUCCUUUACCAUUCUGCUUAAUUUUUAAGGAAGUUAUUAAACCUUUGCUUAGAAUCCGUUUCAUAGGUUGGGUUAACGUUUUAUUUAUUGAGACUAGUUUUAAGUCCUCAUAUCUUUAGCGGAGAUUUUGCAGUAGAAUAAAAAGCAUAGUAAUAUUAAUAGUAAAUCGACACAUUAAAAAACGUAAAUUAAAUUUGGUUACCCGUCUGUCUUGUUCAGCUACAGCUAGUUCCAGGAGAAAUCUUUGUUGUAAAAGUUUAUCCCAUCCAUUUUUUUAAUUGGCCAUAUUAUUUCUAACCGUUAGUUUGUGACGCAGACUGUUCUAUGUUUGUGUUAUUGUUACGAGUUGAGAAUUAUUGGAGAAACCGUAAUAGUCAUUAUUUUAGGAUUAACAUGCUGAAGUAUUGAGUUUAUUUUGUAUAAUCUGAGCACCUCUCCUAAUUGGCGGUUGGAUCGUUGUCCUAGACUUCCAUUCUUUUAACAACGUUCCUGAAUUCUUCACCUGGCACGUGUGAGGAUAACAAAGUGUGUAAUUAGAAAAGUCAUGUCACGUGUUAAUCCUCCCUUGUUUACCAUCUUCACAUUUGGAAUACAUUUGGUACAGUCACUGUUGCCCUAAAGGAAACUCUCAUUAAUUUCUAAUAAACCGGUUUUGAAAGUCUUGUUCAAAGCCAUUUCCUCGUAUAAGUUAAAAAUAACUGAAGGAAUUUGAUUUAAUUUUAUAUGGCUUACAAUUAAAUAAACAGUGAUGGUCUGCAAGGAUUGAGAGCAAUCAGUGUUUUAACUUAAUAACUCUGCUCUUGAAUUAUAUUAUAUGUUUAUAUUACAGGAGGAAAGCACACAUAGCAGGCUAUCAGUCACAGUUAUCCAGGCCAAAAAUAUCCCUUGGGCAGACUGGAGUAAGUAGUCCCAUUGUACAGCAUGUAGAAGGUCACCCACUUCCUCUGUUUGUUUUUGUGUCUCUCCCUCUUUUCCCCUCUUUCCCCCCCUCAUUUUUCCCCUUCUUUUCCCCUUCUUUUCCCCUUCUUUUCCCCCCUUCCCUCCCCCCUUUCUCCUUUUCCCCUUCUUUUCCCCUUCGUUUCCCCUUUGUUUCCCCUUCGUUUCCUCCUCUUUUCCUCCUCUUUUCCCCCUCUUUUCCCCCUCUUUUCCCCCUCUUUUCCCCCUAUUAGCUGACAGUCUUCGUGAACGGGCUGACAUCUGUGGUUUGGCUGUGGGGAGAAACUGUUCGGAUGGUUGUGCUCAGUUGGGGCACAGGGGACCCAUCACACUUGUGUUCUAUGUAUAGCACUGUUUAUGAAUAGAUUUCCAGAUUUUCCCCCUCUUUCCCCUUCCUUUUCCCCUUCUUUACCCCUCUUUUUCCCUCUUCCCUUCUUUUUACCCUCAUGAAACUAUUGUAUGCCAUGGUUUUAAUGCUUGUUUUCCCUGUACAGCAACUAAUGCUGACUGUUACGUAUCCCUCUGGCUCCCAUCGUCCACAAAUAAAAUCUUGGAAACCAAAACUAUAUCCAACAGCAGUGUGUCUGCUAUUCUUGGGGGUGAGGUAUUAGCUGACAGUCUUCGUGAACGGGCUGACAUCUGUGGUUUGGCGGUGGGGAGAAACUGUUCGGACGGUUGUGCUCAGUUGGGGCACAGGGGACCCAUCACACUUGUGUUCUAUGUAUAGCACUGUUUAUGAAUAGAUUCCCUAAUUUUCCCCUCAUUUUCCACUCAUUUUCCCCCCUCCUUUCCCCCCCCUCCUUUCCCCUCCUUUCCCCCCUCCUUUCCCCCCCUCCUUUUCCCCCUCCUUUCGCCCCUCCUUUCCCCCUCCUUUCCCCCCUCUUUCCCCCCUCCUUUCCCCUCAACUUUCCCCCCCCCUCCCUUUCCCCCCUCCUUUCCCCUCCUUUUUCCCCCCCUCCCUUUCCCCCCCUCCUUUUCCCCCCUCCUUUUCCCCUCAUGCCAGAGCUAUUGGCUAUGCCAUGUGGUUUUAUUGCUUGUUUUCCUAUUUUUAGCAACUAAUGCUGACUGUUACGUCAAUCCCUCUGGCAAGCUCCCAUGCGUCCACAAAAAUAAAAUCUUGGAAACCAAAACUAUAUCCAACAGCAGUGUGUCUGCUAUUCUUGGGGGUGAGGUAUUAGCUGACAGUCUUCGUGAACGGGCUGACAUCUGUGGUUUGGCGGUGGGGAGAAACUGUUCGGACGGUUGUGCUCAGUUGGGGCACAGGGGACCCAUCACACUUGUGUUCUAUGUAUAGCACUUCAAUUUUAUGAAUAAGAUUCCCCUCAUUUUUCCCCCACCCCUCAUUUUCCCCCCCUCAUUUUCCCCCCCUCAUUUCCCCCCCUUAUUUCCCCCCUCAUUUUUCCCCCCUCAUUUUCCCUCAUUUUCCCCUCAUUUUCCCCCUCAUUUUCCCCCCUCAUUUUCCCCUCCUCAUUUUCCCCCCUCAUUUUCCCCUCAUGAAACUAUUGUAUGCCAUGGUUUUAAUGCUUGUUUUCCCUGUACAGCAACUAAUGCUGACUGUUACGUAUCCCUCUGGCUCCCAUCGUCCACAAAUAAAAUCUUGGAAACCAAAACUAUAUCCAACAGCAGUGAACCCCGGUGGAAUGAGACCUUUCACUUUAAGAUCUGCGAUAAUGUCAAGGUAUUCACCUCAAUCUCACCAUUCUUUGUGAGAAUUAAAGGGAUACUUCAGACUCCAGAAACAGCACUUUAAUUUGUUUUAUGUGAGAAGAGUGUGUCCUUCUAAAAUUUUGUAAAAAAAACAACAAAAACAAAUUUUUAUAGAAAUUGGCACUUUUCUAAAUUAGCCUGGAUACACCCUCCAGCUGUCAAUCAGGCACCCGGUCCCGUUACUUCCUGGUUUGUUUAGCUCAGUGGAGAUAAACUCAAGAGGUGGCAAUUGCCAAGAGCUUCUGCCUUGCAAAGACUUCUUAUUGAGCUGCAUUGGGAAGUUUGUGAUUGGACAGCCACAGAAAGUCUGGGCGUGGCUAGAAGGGGAGGGCUUGAGAAGGCUGCAGACAAGAUCACUGUAUCUUUUACAAGCUGUUUUUAGAUAUAUCCCCAAUGAAAAAUGCCUGAUUAAAGCAUGCUUUUUUAUUGGGGGGUAUAUGUAUUUUGUGUUUGGGCAGUUGUGUGUCCGUUUAAAUACUACUUUGACAAUAAAAGUCGCUUUCUACAGUUUGUUUUUACUACGUGCGCAGGUCUGUUACGGGAUGAAUAAUGCUUUUGUGAUUUUAGAAUAUGUUGUACCUGGCACUUCACGAUGAAGACACAGUUUCGAAAAAUGAUUUGCUUUACACUGUUGCGGUUGAUGUGGAAAACCUGGAUGUUGGAAAACCGAUAAAGAAAACCUUUCCUCUGAAUCCUGAAGUAAGAUUCCAAAUUUCAACUUUAUGUAUUUUUAGAGAAAAAUAUUCUUCUGAUACGAUACUUUUUUCAUUUAUGUGAUUUAUAGUACAAUUAAAUGUAGCUUGUUUCCAGAUCAGAACCAUGCUUUCAAAUGUAUUUACACAUUCAAAUAUGCAUGUAGACUAUAGACAAAUUUAAUUUCCCCCAAAAACUCUGAAAAUAAAUAUAAAAUGAGUUAAAAACCCUUUCUAAGUUAUAAUAUUACUUUCUUCCCAAGUUAUCCACCUCUUUAAUUUCUAUCCUGUUAUGGUAUAAUUAAAUACAUUUCUCAAUGUUUUUUACACAAUAAAAAAAAAUUAACCAUAUUUCAGGAGGACUUUCAUUUUUUUUUUUAAAUUGUACUUCCUAAAGAAUGAGAAUGUUCAGGAAUGGAAAGUGAAUUUAAAACUUCAGGCCAUAGUGGACAAAUUGGAAGCCCAGCUGACUUGGAGAACUUUUGUGAAUAACAAUUAUUAAGCUGUCCUGGGGCAAAAUACUAUUUGGAAACGGAUAUGGACAUGGCUGGAUCUGGCUAACAUUUAGCUAAUCUGACUUAUUCUCUAAUUAUUACAGUUCUAGAUUAAUGCAUAGUUUAACCAUUUUUAAGGAAGAUUGGAAAGCGUUCUAUAAAUUUGAAAGAGUUUGCAGUUCUGCUGUUUGGCCACAAUUCUGACAUUUGCUGAUCAGUUCCUGAAUGUUCAUAACUUAGCGAAUAACACUGCAGGUUUGAAGCACAUCUAUUACUUCUGCAAACUUAGUUUAAUACAUUUGAGAUUGAUUUAAUUGUUUGAUAUUUUGUUUCAGAAGGGAAAAGAGACUCUUGAAGUUGAAUUCACAGUGCAAAAGCUGUAAGUAAUAUCUAGACUUCUAUGUCCAUGUCUAUUUUUCCUGGAGUUUACCGCAGUGCCAUGUUAGUACAGAACCCAGCAAGUCUGUUCUGACAUGGAGUGACUUUAUCGCUUUUGUUUUGUUAAUAUAGAUUCACUGAUUACAGGUAGAUUGGUAAACGUAUUUAAGGACACAUGACGGCAAGAUUCCGUCAUGAUUCCCUUUUAUUCCAGAAGUUGUGUCCUCAAGGACCUCACAUCUUUUUCGACAUUGCAUUUUUCCAGCCAUGAAUAAAACGAGCUGAUAGUACGCAAUGCAUAGUUUGUUUGCAUUUAAUUGUGAUAAAUUUCAUCUAAAACAAAAAAGUAUAAAUAAAAUGCUAAAUGGCAACAUUUUAAAAAAUCACUCAGUUGUGUAAUAUUUGGCAGUUCAGUAAAUAAACUAAAGUUGCAGCAAUAAAUAUUCUGUUAUCACUACUUCAUGGACUGACUGUCCUGUAUUUUGUUUGUUCCUUUCAGAUCAGCACAGCCAGAAAAACUUCUAACUAAUGGUGUCCUUGUUGUAAGUAUUCAGUGUAUUUUCUUGAUUUAAUUAACACAGAAUAGACGUGCAAUUCGUUUCGUUCCGAAUGUCAAUUUCAGGCAAUUUGGAUACUUCCGAAUAGCUGAAUUGCCAAAGUUCCAAAACCGCUGAAGUUCCGAAGUGCUAAUAUAGCCAGUGGAAGUAUGAAGAAUGUUACACUGUAUACCAGUUUAAAUAAAAAAGUAUACAAACAUAGCCAGUAUUCAGCUGUAAGCAUUUGCAACACUUACAACAAUCAAGUAACACAUUCAUAUAAAAUGUAAGUUACUUAGUUCAGUUUCAGUUCAGCAAUAUUCUUGGGAUGUCUGGUGUGAAUCGCUUUCUUGAGGUCAUGCCACAGCAUCUCAAUCGGGUUGGGGUCAGGACUCUGACUGGGCCACUUCAGAAGGCGUAUUUUCUUCUGUUCAAGCCAUUCUGUUGUUGAUUUACUUCUAUGCUUUGGGUCAUUGUCCUGUUGCAACACCCAUCUUCUGUUGAGCUUCAGCUGGUAGACAGAUGGCCUUAAGUUCUCCUGCAAAAUGUCUUGAUAAACUUGGGAAUUCAUUUUUCCUUCGAUGAUCGCAGCAAAGCAGCCCCAAACCAUGAUGCCCCCACCACCAUACUUCACAGUUGGGAUGAGGUUUUGAUGCUGGUGUGCUGUGCCUUUUUUUCGCCACACAUAGUGUUGUGUGUUUCUUCCAAACAACUCAAUUUUGGUUUCAUCUGUCCACAGAAUAUUUUGCCAGUACUGCUGUGGAACAUCCAGGUGCUCUUGUGCAAACUGUAAACGUGCAGCAAUGUUUUGUUUGGACAGCAGUGGCUUCCUCUGUGAUAUCCUCCUAUGAAAUCCAUUCUUGUUUAGUGUUUUACGUAUUGUAGAUUCGCUAACAGGGAUGUUAGCAUUUGCCAGUGACUUUUGUAAGUCUUUAGCUGACACUCUAGGAUUCUUCUUCACCUCAUUGAGCAGUCUGCGCUGUGCUCUUUCAGUCCUCUUUACAGGACGGCUACUCCUAGGGAGAGUAGCAGCAGUGCUGAACUUUCUCCAUUCAUAGACAAUUUGUCUUACCGUGGACUGAUGAACAGCAAGGCUUUUGGAGAUACUUUUAUAACCCUUUCCAGUUUUAUGCAAGUCAACAAAUCUUAAUUGUAGGUCUUCUGAGAGCUCAUUUGUGCAAGGCAUCAUUCACAUCACGCAAUGCUUCUUGUGAAAAGCAAACCCAGAACUGGUGUGUGUGUUUUUAUAGGGCAGGGCAGCUGUAACCAACACCUCCAAUCUCAUCUCAUUGAUUGGACUCCAGUUGGCUGACAUCUCACUCCAAUUAGCUCUUGGAGAUGUCAUUAGUCUAGGGGUUCACAUACUUUUUCCACCUGCACUGUGAAUGUUUACAUGGUGUGUUCAAUAAAAACAUGGCAAAAUUUCAUUCUUUGUGUGUUAUUAGUUUAAGCAGACUGUGAUUGUCUAUUGUUGUGACUUAGAUGAUCAUCAGAUCACAUUUUAUGACCAAUUUGUGCAGAAAUCCAUAUCAUUCCAAAGGGUUCACAUACUUUUUCUUGCAACUGUUUAUUAGUGCUACAGAAUUUCGGCACUGUCAGAACUUUGGAGCAUCGCGAUUCGGACAUUCGGCAGUAUCCGAAUGUCCGAAUUGCCCGAAAUUCAUCCGAAUUGACAUUCGGAACGAAAUGAAUUGCACAUGUCUAUUCAGGACAGCAGCUACCGUCCGAACACGCCUUCCGUGUUCUGUUACCCUUUCCCUGAGUUUCUAAUUGUUUUAUCAAUCUCUAAAAACCUAUCUCUUCCUCGGCUUACUUUAUCUGGGUACACCGCUAAUUCCCUGUAUUACUCUGUUAUUGGUCCUGACACAUCAUGUAGAUUGAUUAUUUUUUUUUAUUUUUUUUUAACAAAUUGUUUUCUUUUCUCUGUAGUCGCGAGCUGUGUCCUGUCUAGAUGUUUGCAUUGACAUGAAAAAUAUCCCAGAAAAUGUACAAGGUAUUUAAACCUAUUAAUAACUGAUUAAAUCUUUAUCUUCCCUUUUUUUUUGCCUCCCCCAUAUUCCUCUAGAGCAGGGGUUCUCAACCCAGUCCUCGGGACCCCCUACCAGAAAAAAAAACCUUAGACUCUAAGGUGUUUUUUUUUUCUUUUUCUAAACACCUUAGACACACCCAGGUAAUCCCUAAACCCUGGACUGGUAGGGGGUCCUUGAGGGCAAGGUUGAGAACCCCUGCUCUAGAGGUACAUAGCAGCACCAGGCUUGAUCUUCGUUCAUAAACUUGCUUACCAGCUCCGUGCCCGGCCUCUCAAGGCUGUGCUUCCAUUUUUACUUAUUUUUAUUUUCUAUUUAUUCUUGAAAAUUAGGGUCACCAAAAGCCUGUUUUAAUACUUUUCAAAUACAAACUGCACCGAGGGCCAAACCUCAGAUCAGGGUCGAUGCCACUCCACGGUAUUCUUAAAAUAGAGGAAAACUGGAUCCUCUUCAUUAUAGAAAUAUUUUAAAAUGGCACAGGCAGACCCACUGAGGGGUAGAGGAACAAAAACCAAAAAACUUAAUGUGUUUUGUACAUGUGGAUGCUGUCACUAGUACGAACACCUCCAGUUCUAUUACAUUAACAUACAUAGUACUGGAACUAACCGCUUAUUUUAUAAGGACCAGUAUCUGUUUGAGUCCUCGUAGCUUCAUUAAUGAAUAGCUACUCUGUGGACCAUGGACCCAAGGAGCUGAACUAGAAACAGAGCUCUCUUGUAGAUUAUCUCCAGUUCGUCCAUUUUGAAUUUGAAUUCUCCCUUAAGUGAAUAACCCGAAGUAUAAUGAAAUUAAUUAUCCACUUCUUUUGGGUUAAAGGGGUUCAGGUCAAAGACGGAGAGUUGCUGCAAACCAGGAAGAUAAGUCAAGUCUUGGAUACUUUUGUUUAUUUAUUAAUUGCCAUUAAAACUAUCUAGAUAAUGUGCGUGGUCAGCUCUGGAGAGACAGGCCACAGUGUCUGUGGCCUUAUUUACUGUUAAGCGGUUGUUCAGUUUGAGAUUCCUUAAGUUCUUUAAUUACUUUAUUUGAUUUUCUAGGUAAACGUGUAGUCCUGGCGGUGGAAGACUCCAGUGAGAGAACUCAUAAAAUUAAGCUGAGUUCAGUCAGAAACACAAAUAAUACAGACAAGUGUCGCUUCCACUGCAUCAGAAAAUGGGAUCCAGAACUCAUAGCCCACCUAGAGGUAUCCUUUCUUUAAUUCUGUUUAUGAUUCUUUUUAUCAUGUAGCCCUCUUGCAAUCAAAGUUUACUAUUUACUAAACCAGGGAUAGACACCCUUCAGCUCACCACAUCACUCCUGAUGCUUUGCAAAGCAUUAUGGGACAUGUAGUCCACAACAUCUGGAGUGCAGAAGGUUGCCUACCGCGGUAUUACUCUGAUAAAUACUAUAAAUAACUUUUACUUUAGAAUAUAAAUAAUUUUCCAUGUUCUGUUUAAUACAGACUGGAAGAGGGACUAGCUACAUAAAUUGACACUGUCACUGCCCCCCGCCCUUCAAAAUGACUUUCAUAGAGGUAGAAUCUUUAUUAAGUACUCACGACAGUCAGGAAAUAUACUGAGACAAAGUAAGGAUUACUUUGUCUCAAUAUUUUACCUACCACUAUCAAUAAAUGUCAAUUACCAGCACCGGCUGCAGGAAAAUCGGUUCUAUCUAUGAAGGAUUCUGUGGAAUGCGCGAGACUACAGCGGCGACAUUGGCUCCUGGCAACUGAAAUACCAGGAGCAGAAAAGCGCCACCGGGAAAAGCAUGGCAACACCCGCGAGGGAUAGGUUCAGGUAAGUAGUAGUAGUACAUGUGGGUGUGUUUUCGAGUGAUCAGUAAUGUCCAUUUUCCUAGCUUUCAGAAUUAAGCUAAUUUAACACAUAUUGGAAUUCAAGCACCUGGGAUACAGUGCAAAGUCUCAUCGCCAGCCAACCAGAUCUUUAUUUGUUUUAUGUAUUCCAGGGUCAAAAACCAGAAGACGCAGAUGGCUUGGCAAAGGUGCCAUUCAAAUCUCUUUCAUUUGGAGUGGAAGAGAGAGUCAUUCUUCCUGUGGAAACUGUGAGUUUAUACAAUUAUUUUUUCAAUUGCAAUUUUUUUAAUUGAAAUUUGUAGAUAUACAAAGGUGAAAGAACGAAAAGACUCAAAUCUAUAUUUCAUGGACUAUAAAACAGUGUGGCUACCAAAAAUAUGGUGUAUACUGAAAGUAUUUUUCGUUCUUCACAAAUUGUAUCUGUAAAUGUUUAAGUGCACGUUCGAUGGUCCAACAACCGAUACUUUAUAGUAAAGGAAAAGGAGUGUCUCUGUGAAGCGCUGUCUCUGUGAUACUUGAUAGAAAACAGUUAAUGGUGAUGUUGCAAAAUGCCCAGAAAUGAAGGGGUAUACGUUUUAAGAUAGUUUUUUUGUUUUUGUUUAAAAGUUGUCAAUAAUAUCCGUAUAUCCCUUUAAAUAGAAAAUAUAAAAAUACAAAUCAUAGUGCAAACUUUAUAGGGUAAUUUUAAGUUGUUUUGGUGACUAUAGUGUCCCUUUAAGUUAAAAGGAUGCUCUGUUUAUUUUGACGUUAUUUUAGAUACCCAGGUCAAACAAUCCCAGUAUGUUUUCAUUCUUUAUUUUUGGGGGGUUAUCAAAUGAUUUCCAAAUGCAAGGACAAGCAAAAUAUAAUAGUCACCAUGUGGGUGUGCACACAACUAACCCAAUUACUGAUCCAUUCACUAACUGGCUCAAACCUGAUCAUUUUUGUUGGGGGAGGGAGGGUAUCUAAGUUACACCAAUAUGUUCUUUACUAACUGGCCUAAUGUACCACCAUUUCCACCAUUGCAAUGUUUCAGGCUGUCCCUUGAUACUUCUAUCAUUAUAAUUCUAUUAAUUCUAUGAUCCUGUCGGCCUGAUACUAUACCGAUACGAUUGGCUAAGUGACCUUGCCUUAUAGGAGUUGCAGUUGGAAUCUACAUCAUUAACUCAAACACUAAGGGGGUUACGUUUAAAUUACGUGAAUUUGUAACUAUCUGGUUAGCGCAUUUAUCUUCUUUAUUUUCAUUCUUGUAAUCCUGACAUUAAAUGAUUGAAUUGGUCACCAUGACAAUGUGGUUGAAUCGGAUUAGUAUCCUGUAACUGCUAGUUAACCAAAUGGAUUCAGUUUGACAGUGAAUGCACUUACCGUAUCCUUGCACUAUAACCACUACAAUAAGGCUCAGCGACUAAUAUUGGUGAUUGGUGUGUCCCUUUAAGGAGAUUGAACUUCUUAUCUUUUCACACAAAGUCCUCCCAAUGCUGUAUUCUAGUGUAAGCAUGGAUAGUGCCACUAUAUAGCCUGUGGCAAUAGCAUUUGGACCAGUAGUUGCCCUGUAUUUGCUUUAUGGAUUAUCACAAUAUAGGGCUUGGUUUGGGGGUUCGAGAUUGGUGCCGGGCUGUAGUGCAAGCAGGAUGUGGGAGGGUAUGUGGCACUGGGGGCAUCUCUGUCAUUUUUACAUUCACAGAUCCAGGAUGACUCUGGAUAAUACUAGCCUUGCUACACUCGUAAUGCUGAUAAUGAGGCCUUACUCUGAUAAUGACCAAUCCGUUAAUUUGUCGGUUUCUUCCUCCUAGUCUAAUUUGUACAAAUCACAUGUCCAUAAAGUGCAGGAAACCCCUAUAUAUACUCCAUAUACACCCCCUGUAUACGUGUAACUACUGCAUUUACAGUAUCUUCCCUAAAAUAUAAUGUAAAGGGUAGGUACACCGUACACCUGGUGCAGAGCUGAAACCAAACCAAUAUCUGACAAUUCUCGAUUAACCCGACUGUAAGACAGUCACAGCAGCUAUAGACAGAGCCUAAUAAAUAAGGAGUUGGUAAUCACUCACAAAUGUAACACUGAUUUUGUAAUCUUUGGUUUGCACAACAUUUCCCAUCAGUAUUUCUGUUUUCGUGUAACCUCCAUGGGUGUGGAAUGUAAACUCCCUUGUGUCACUAACUCAAUGGUUGCAAUAGCUGGGAGAUCUGUGAUUCUGAUACAGACAGUGCAAGGUUCUGUCUCUCUGGGAUCAUAUAAAUGUAAUCGAGUUAUAAGUACUGGAGCAGCUCAUGGGGCUCUUCUCUUUAAACUUGUACACUUACUCAGAGGUUGAAAACAUUUUUGGCCUUUCCUGUUCUCAGAAGUCCACACUAUCGCGUCAGUCUGAGUAAAUAGCUGCACUGCUGCUAAAAUCAGAAAUUAAUUUAAAGAUCUGUGAUUUUAAUAGUCUCAUGUAGUAAGCUGACUUCUGAGUAGAACUGGUCUGUCAGUGGGUCUGAUUUGCUACCACAGUUCGUGUCAAAGUACGACAAUAGAGUUUAAAUAAUAAGCAGGCGGUAGCUAGGCCUUUCCAUUAUUACAUGGACAUGGACACUUUGUUACUGUUUGCAGGAAGUAUUCGUACCAUCGAGGGCUCCGCGUCUUCAGGAAUUACUGCUAAGUCGGAGCUCUGUGAUUGGCUGGUUGACUUAGAAGCCAACCAAUCACAGUGCAUUGAUGGGCAGAUCUUGCUUCUUCCGAGACUGGACAUUCAGUAGGUCCUCGCUGGGCUAUGUAUAUUAUAGUGUUACUGAGAUUAACCCAGUCAGGGCCGAGUAGCCUGGGUGUAGCAUGAACCACCAACCCCGUUUCAUUGUUCCGCUUCGUCACACUGCAGAUGGGGUGUAAAGAGAGCAGAGUACACUCACCGAACGUCUUUUUGGUGGUUUUUAGUUUUAUUUUCUUGUUUUGUGGGAUGUGAGCUGAUCUGGUCUCUCUUAUUAUAGGCGGAGUAUGUACAACUUUAUUUUGCUUUCACUGUCACAGCAUAUCGCUCUCUUUUAAUUCUGAAAAAGAGAAUUUACUGACCGCUCUAGUCUGGUGAUCGCUCUAUGCCUGUUCUCACUAUGAGUAGCGUUUACUCUAGUAAAAGGUGGUGGGAUUUUUGUUUGUUUUUGAGAUCGAGAAACCCUGACACUGUUUAGUUAAAUAGGGCCCCGGUUUCUAUAUUUUCCUUUGUAGCGCUUGCUCUACUGCUGAAACCCUUUAUUAAUUGGCGUUGCACCAAAGUUACGCCAGUUAGUGAACAUCAAUUUUGGUGUAACUUUGCUGUGAUGCCAAUUAAAAGCCCUACGAUGAGUAAUGAAAUUCCAAUCCAUGUGGUUUGAUAAAAUCUAUUUUAAAUCAUUCUCUAAUCAAAGAUCCAUUCAAACCAUGUGAAUUAGAAUUGAAUGAUUUUGCAGUCCAUCACACAGUUACUCCCGGAGGUGCUGAGCUAAUGCCUGCUUUAUAUCUGUAAAUAGUGAUUUUAAUUUUGAAACGUCUAAUAACUAGGUUCAUAGAAAUUGCUGCUGGUUCUUCCUUCCAUGUCAUUGGAAUCAGGUACAAUUUUAUAAUUCAUCUAAAAUAAUCAUUGCAAUUGAUGCAAUCCAAAUUGAUUUGAUCCACUUUGAUUGCUGUAAAAAAACAUCACUUUACAACAUGUUGUGUAAAUAUUAUUUGCAGAGAUAGAGUGUGUGUGUGUGUGUGUGUACUCUCUCUUUUAUACACACAUGAAAAUCUUAUUCCUGUGUUAAUCGGAUGGCUGAAAAUUCAAUAUACAUAAUCCAAACAUGAACACACAUUCAAAAUUGUUCUUUCUUUGGAGCUGAGAAAGAAGUGGUUUAAUUUAAAAAAAUAAAAAAUAAAUGCAAUCCACUUUUGGAAAAUGAAAACAACAUUUUGUAAAGAAUGAAAUAAUCGCCCUGUCUUCUUGCUAUAAGCACAAUCACGCAAAAAAUAAUAAUUCUGAAUACAUUUGCUUCUUUGGAGAAAUCAAGAUUACUUUCUUGGAACUAAACCUGAAAUAUUAACUGAGGAGGUAAUUGUUCUACAGGCUAUGAUAAUAAGACUGUCGCUUUAUGAUAUUGGGUAACGUAGAUCUCAUGGAAUAAUUGGCGGUGCCGUGUUACUCUGCAAUCAUUUUAUCCUGCCUGGAUAUUCUAUUUUAAUGUUCUAAAAGUGUGUAAAGGCACUUCUUCAAAUUCUGAUAAUAGAAGUGAGGUCCGUAAAACUUAUCAUGUAACUGAUAUAUAAACUGCUUCCCCAAACAAACACAAAGUGACCAAUCUAAAUCUAACACGAUAUCAGUGUACAUAGUCACCAGUAUUAAAGUGCAUGGUAUAAAAAUACAAGCAUAUCACUAGAAUCCACUGGGAUAUCGCAGAAUACCUAAAACAAAAUUAAAACAACAUAGUGUGUACUGUAUUAAAAAUAUAAAGCGUGGGAUAUGAAAAUAGGACUACCGCUCACACAUGGCCCAGAGCCGUCCCAGGCUCUGUAUUGCAGGCUCAAGGGUGCCAAUACUGGCUCCAGGGUCCAUGUUAUCACAGCAGGAAAACAGAAGAGACAAAAGUGGUAAACCGCGCCCAAACAGUGCAAAUAAUUAAAAUAUAUACAUACAGAGAGUCCUCUAAUUAGGAAUGUAUAAAACCUUCAAGACAAAAAAGUACAGAACAAUAAUAGUGCAAUAUGUCAAGUGAAAUAAGAGUAUAUAAAAGCUUAUAAAAGACUCACUCACACUUUGCAGAGCUACUCAGAGCUCUGCCGUAUAGCGCCUAGACGGUAUAAUCCCCGUCUCAGGAUAUCAAGUGAUGGUAUAAUGCGGUAUUAUAAUAAUUUGCACACUUUUGUAAUAUUGUAAUAAUUUGCACACUUUUUAAUAGAUAUACUACACUAUUGGAUUUUAUUUCUAUUUUUAUCUUUCCAUAUACCACUGUGGAGGAUUGGAUACCGCAUUAUACCAUCACUUGAUAUCCUGAGACGGGGAUUAUACCGUCUAGGCGCUAUACGGCAGAGCUCUGAGUAGCUCUGCAAAGUGUGAGUCUUUUAUAAGCUUUUAUAUACUCUUAUUUCACUUGACAUAUUGCACUAUUAUUGUUCUGUACUUUUUUGUCUUGAAGGUUUUAUACAUUCCUAAUUAGAGGACUCUCUGUAUGUAUAUAUUUUAAUUAUUAUUUGCACUGUUUGGGCGCGGUUUACCACUUUUGUCUCUUCUGUUUUACUACUGUGAGCAGGUAUUGGGAAUUCCUGCUUGGUUCACUGCUGCCCACCUUUAGUUUAUUUAGAGAGCGCCUAACUCCUCUUUGUUAUCACAGCAGGAGUCUGGACAUCAGAUGCUUGGCAAAAUAAAAACUUUUAUUCCAGGAUACAUAAACUUUAAAAGACUCCAAACUCAGGUAGUUGUGAAACCUACUGGCAAAGUCACUCUCACCACUGAGAUCAGUUAUCCACCAAGUGAUUAGUAAAAAGUAUAAAUAGCUAACGCGUUUCGAGUCCAAAAGCCUUCUUCAAGUGCUGUAAGUCUCCUUUUAUAUCUCUCACUGUGCUGUGCAUCUGUGUCCAAUAUUCCCAUAAUUCCACUGCCGCGAUGAUGUUUCCAGGUCCCUGACGUCAUUUCCGCUGACGCCACCGUAACAACGCGUGGUUGGGACGCAGUGUUGACAGCUGGAACGCAGAGUCUUUUUCAAUUACUAAGGCGAUGGUAACUUCAUGAGGAUAAUCAGUCCGCAUUCCUUCUUGGUGUCAUUGCGCAAAUCGGCGCAUUGUAACAUCCUUAUAGUCCAAUUAUAACACAAGACGUAAUAAUAUAAAAUACAUAAUAAAAACAUUAAUUCCUGCAAUACAAAAUAAGAACAUAAUUAAAACUCAAAAUAAGUAAUAUUUUACAGUGAAAAGAGUAUGACAAAUAAUAGAUAUUAUUGAUAUGCAUUAAAAAGGGUUCAAAAUAAAGCUUCUAUAUAGAAAAAUGCAUAUUAUAUAAAAUGUACAAAUUCAAAGUCUAAAUUAAGACCAUUUGGAGAUAAUGUAUGCAUAUUAAAAAUCCACUUACUCUCCAUCUUUGACAGUUCUCUUCCAUUGUCUUCCCCUCUCCAAUUUUGUGUUUUUUUUUUAAUUUUUUUAUUUUUAUUUUUUUAUUUUUUUUAAAUCACCAUGUAUGAUAGUAGUGAUGGUCACUCCUAUAUUUCUAUAUUAAAGUGGACGGAAACACUAUGCUUUGUAUACCCCCUCUGGAUGUUACCAAUGUUGUUUUAUACCAAUAUGUAUUUUAACGUUGGCCUGGGUUUAUGGUAUUGUACGACAAUAAAAUGGUUAUGGUGCCCACAUAGUCUCUCUCUCCUAAUGUUUGAUGGACAGAAUGAGGAAUGUGUACUUUGUUUUGCUUUUAAAGAAUCAUGUAAGAUCUAGAAAUUAUUUCAACUAGAAUGACAAGAGAAUUUUGGAAUAGCACGGGUUAACUCCGCAGCAAUAAAUAAUGAAAAAUCCCAGAAUUAGAUUGGACAGAGUUGGAUAGCCAUUCUAGCAAUGCAAUUUUAAAACUUUAUAAAAUCAUAAAUAUACGGGCAGGGCUGCAGUUUAAAAUCUAUACAAUAAUACAAGUUUUGGAAGAGCUAAUAAGCUAAUAUGAUGGCGCAGCUAGAAAUAUUAUGGAAAAAAAUUAAUUAAAUCUGCUCAUUAUUUCGCUAGAUGAGGUUAGCUCACAAUCAAACCAUGGAAUUUACACCUGUAAUUCUGUUCAUUUUAAAAUAUUUUUAUUUCCUCAAUAUGCAACAAAGAACACAUCGAAACUUAGCGUGUAUUUUGUCACUGAUUUAUUUUUGUUUAGUCUAAAAAGAUUAUACAUGUUCUUGCUAAAAUGUCCCUCGAAUUGUGGCACCCUUCUAAUCGGGUUCUUACCAAGACAGCAAAAUGACUCAUAGAAACGAUACCAUAAAGAAUUUUACUAUCACAAGUAUUUUAUUUUAAUCCACGUGAAACGCAUAUUCAGUCAAGUGUAGGAAUCCUCUCCUCAAGAUUUUAAAAUGCACAUGGUGGUAUGUAAAUAAAUGUAACCACUUUAAAAUAAAAUUCUGUAGUUCUCCAACAAAGCCACUAGAUGGUGGUAUAAAUUUUUUUUUUCAAACAUAAGCCUUCAUUUAACAGUUUAUUUAAAAUGUAUUAAAUCAUUUGAAUAGCUUAUCCAACCAUGUUACAUUGAGGUUGUAAUAUGAUACAUUGUACACUAUAGGGAGAGGUAUUAGCAGUAGAAAGAGGGAAGUGCUCAUGCCAUUGUACAGAACACUGGUGAGACCUCACUUGGAGUAUUGUACGCAGUACUGGAGACUGGAUCUCCAGAAGGAUAUUGAUUCUGAAUCACAUAUUCGCUUUUCUUAUUGUUGUAAAGCGUCUCAUGGUGUCGCUCAGUCACAAGCCUUGAAAUAAGCUGGAACCGAUAUGUUAAAAUAUACAACUGGCUUCAGGGUUUGACUUUAUAGAAAAUCUACGGAUUUCGGGUUGCUGUUUGCAUUAAGUAAACUUGCACUUUUUGUAUCUGGCAUGGACUGCUCAUUUUGGCCUUUUUGGAUUAUUUACUAUUUUUGGAUAAACGUUAAAAUAUAUAUAUAUAUAUAUAUUUUUAUUUUUUUAUUUUUUUUUUUACUCCCAUAUAGUAAAAUAAUAGUUUUUUUUGUUUUGUUUUUUUUUAAUUAAUAUUUCUCAAAGUAUUUUUUUUUUUUAAUCAAAAAUAUUAAAUUGUGGGGAUGGUUUGGCACAGCUGCAAUAAUUGGUCAGACAGGACUACUUCCCAAUUUGCCUGUUGUACUCUUUUAAACAAACUAGAACGUUUCAUGCUUUUUAAAAAAAAUAUUUUUUUUUAUUUGUUUGUUUUGGGUUUAUUUUAGUUUUUCUUAUCAAAGGCUGUGGUUAACCGUAAUGACUACAAUCUCUACUUAAAACAAUGUUUCCAGCAGUGUGAUGGCCUUGCCGUAUUAUCCAUGUACAGUCAGUGUACCCCUUGUUUCCUUGUUCAACAAGAGAUUGACAUCUCCCCAUUUGUCCAGACUUAAUCCAGCUCCCACUUAAUUUUUCCACUUAUCCCUAGAAACCGAUGAGUUUGCAGACGGUGGUAAAGCUGCCGUAGCUGCUAAAAUGUUUUCUCCCCUAAAAUCUUUUUCAAGGAAGUGAUGCAUCAAUUUCGGUAGACUGUACCUGGACACAUCAGCCAGUAUGCCAGGGGUUCUAGUAGUAUCUGCAAUUAGGAGAAACUCAAGUGUAUGGCAACUUGUGCACACAGAGAAUAUUUUGUAAUAAUUUUGUGUAACAGGGAAUACUUUGAAUGAGUCAGGGCGGCCGGAUCCAUUGGAACAACGGGCCCGGUCGUAUCUGCGACCACUGACGUUUUGCCAGUGCAUGCAGGUGUUUUACAAUUUUAUUGAUUAAGAUGUUUUUUUGGACUGAUUUUUGCAUGUGAUGUGAGGUUAUCACAUUAUUGUAUUUGAUUUCAGGUGAGGAAAUGGGAAGAAUUGUAUUUUAGUUCUGUUUAAAAGCUUUCGCACUCGGGGGAAGUCCUUACUGUGCAAGACUGGGACAAGAUUUACACUCUCACACAUAAAUGCUCUAUCAGCUCCAAGUACCAGGAGCUGAACUACAAAAUUUUAACACGCUGGUACAGAACCCCAGACGUACUCAAUCGCAUGAACGUAGGUGCCCCGGACACCUGCUGGAGAUGCGGCUUGCAUACCGGCACGUACUUCCACAUCUGGUGGCAGUGCCCCGAGAUUACCACAUUCUGGGAGAGGAUCAGGGUAGAGAUAAACAGAAUCACAGGUGCGGAGCUAACCCUAGAACCCCUAACGAUGCUAUUACACCACACCCCCACACCCGUUAAGACAUAUAAGAAAUCCCUCUUGCUGCCACUACUCAACGCGGCAAAGGCCCUUAUCCCUGUGAUGUGGAAACAGAGGGGAGCGCCUACCCUCCAGCAAUGGGUGACAAGGGUGGAAGAGAUCCACUCAAUGGAAUCCUUAACUGCAGACUUCCACGGUAGACAGGAGCAAUGUGCACUGACCUGGUACCUUUGGGAAACAUACCUAGCCAACAGAUUAGCAAACCCAAACACGGCCCCCCAGAGGCCCGCAGUUAACCGACUCAUACAGAGCUAAGCCACCCGGCUACUCCUCCCUCCUAGGUCCCCUACCUCCUGACCCUUUCCCGAGACUGGAUAUUGGACUGAACCCCAACGACCGACUCUGACGAGCUCGUAAAUGGGGCUUAUCAAUACGCACACCCACUGUAAUCACAGGUGUAAAAUACACAGGAAACCGAGACCCAACCUAGAGCUGAUACCGGCAUGAAAAUAUCCCCUCUUGGCCUCCUAGACUGAUACCUAGAGUAUCCUCCCUUAUAACAAACUAUACCGAUAGGCAUACAAAUAUAUACACCAGCAACUGCCAACCCACAAUAGUGGGGAACUUAACCUAAACCAUCACACUUUGCUCUCACCUAGGCGACAAGAUGGCCUUGAAUGUUAAUAAGUGCUGAGUAAUCUGGGGAGGAGUUAAGGCACUAAAGAUAUCUUUUCUCGCUAGCGUGGCCCUAUACCAUGCCCAACAAUAUAUAUAUAUACAUGUCAAGCGACAAAAAGGUUCCUGACACUGUUGGUAGGAAACGUGAAAUGAGAAAUGUAGCGUGUCAGAAAACUUACCCCCCACAGUACCCAGACUAGACACCGAUUCACACCCUACACGUAGAGCGCACACCAUAGGUGCAACAAACUGCGCAUUGUAGGCUAGUGGGGAUACGAGACUAGAAACCUAACCUUAAAUAAUUCUACCUAAAGCAUGUGAUGGAAACUAUAGAAAUAUUGUCUGAGAAAACUGUUUUGAGAAUGUUAAAACAAUGGUGACGAAUGUUGUUAAGCUAUUCAGAAAACUGAUGUUAAAAUUGACGUUAUACCGUUACUACAUCUUUCCUUGAAAAAAUGAUAAAACUUGAAAAUAAAGAUUGUCAAAAAAAAAAAAAAAAGCUUUCGCUUUGUAUCACCAAGCUGUUAAUUUGCACAUUAACUAUUCUAUCCUUUACAUUCUUCAUGUUUUGUUUUUUUUAUUUGUUUUUGAAAGACAUGUUUAGACCUUUUACAAAAAUAGUAUUUUUACUGUAAAGAAUCAUUUCUGCUGCUGUAAGAGAAAUUUCUUUUCUUCAAGUCUAAAUUGAUGUCCUUUUAAUGAGCAAGAGCUACGCUCACUUGCCCUCUAUACACUUGUAUACAGUAAUCCUAUUCCCUAUGAAGCAUUUGUUUUCUAAAAUAAACAAAUCCAGGUUUCCUAGUCUUUCGUUGUAACAUUUUUUCUUCUUAAUGUCGUAGGUCCGUUUGCAAUUUUGUAGCUUUAGAAUUUCCUCUUUAAAACAGGUGCCCAUUUGCCCAAAGUUGCUUCAUAUAUUCAAGGUGGAGUCUUAUCAUUGUUUUAGAGAUUGGCAGAAUGAUAUUUUAAUCAUGCAUGUUAAUACAUUCAAUAUGACAAUACCUUACUGGCCGACAUUGCGAAAUGUUUCCCAAUCUAUUGUCUGUAAUAAUUCUAAUUUAACGCUAACACUUACAUGUUCCUCAUACCAGGAUUCUCCCCAGGCAAUCUCUUCUGCCUCGUGUCUGCUCAGUCCCCUAAUUUGCCUAAAUCCCUCUGUAAGUAAUUUAGACUGUGUAAACAAUGAACCAAUAUUCCUUUAUCUGGUCUUGCAAACAAUGAAAAUUGUCAGAUGUUUGUCCCACAAUUAUCGCUACACAAUCAAAUAACCAAGAAUCCAAGAUUUCAAAUAACCAAGAGUGAUUAGGAAAAAAUGGGCUCCAGUAUCGAUCAACCUUCUUACGCACCCUGAAUCCAUAAAAAUGUUCAGUUUCCCACAAAGGAAAAAAUCACAACAGGGAUUGUAAAAAUACAUUAAUAAUAAUAAUAGCAAAAAAAAAAUUUUUUUUAUAAAAAAAGUUGAAAUUAUCAAACAAAAUUCAUACAAUAUAUUUUAUGCUGUUUUAUAAUUCGCAUUAACAGAAACGCCAUGAUGGGGCAGGUGAGCUUGCACUGUAAUGGCCCUUGGAGUGAUUCUAAGAACCUCCUUCUGUUAUUUAAAUGUGUAUAGGGGCUCAGGAUAGUGCACAGGUAACGUUGCUUCCCCCCCAAAAAAAAUAAUAAAAAUUCUAUUGGUGCCAACAUAGAUUUCCAUCACGGGUGCCACGUAACCUAGAUAUGUCUCUGCCCCUCCCAUUUUCCCACAAAAUGGCUCUUUUUUUUUCCCCAAUAUCCUGCACUGCUCUUAAAGACUUGUAAGACGGAGGGAUCUUUUGAUUCUGAUGUAAUUUAACACAUACCAAUAUAUCAUGUAUGUGUGUUAAUCAGCCAUUAAGUAAAAUAAAUAGUUUGUCAUAUACUACACAGUGUCUGAAAUGAGCUCUCUUGUUCCUAUUUUAUUUUUUAUUUAAUUUUUGUGUCCCUCAGAUCAAGUCCCUGGAGCUGAACCUAAAAGCAUCUCACUGGUAAAGUUAUCCAGAUUAUCAUCGUGUGUGUGUGUGUAUGUGUAUAUGUGUGUGUAUGUAUGUAUGUAUGUAUGUAUGUAUAUAUAUAUAUAUAUAUAAUAUGUAUGUAUGUAUAUAUAUGUAUAUGUGUGUAUAUAUGUAUGUGUGUGUGUGUGUGUCAGUUGUUUUACUUUGUUUGAAUUUUUUCCUCUCUGAUGAUUCUUUUAGCACAGAUUUAACAAACAUUUUGAAUUUGGUGAUAAUUUAGUCUUUAUUUAUCUUAUGGGAUUUCAGACAUUAUGGCCUCCAUUAUAAUAUUUUUGGAUACACUUUUCAAAUGCUUGUACUUGUAAAUAUUAAGAAAUCAAAAUUAUAUUGUAUAUAAAAACAUAUGUCAAAAUAUAAAAAAAAAAUUUCAAAAGAAUUCACAAAACAGCUUAUCCGAAAAUAUUAAAUCCAUCUCACAAUAAGGAAACAAAUGUAGGGCAAUAUGUUAUGCAAGAUUAAUUUCUUUCAAAAACAUGAAACUCACCCAUGAACCAAACCUUUAAGAGCACAUGUAUAAUUUUAUUUCCACUUUUACCAAUAUCUUUGGGAUAUAUUCGUAAACGGAGCAUUUUAGAGAAUGGACAAGGAUUUUUUGAUGCUAAAAUAGCUCAUUUUGGCUUGUCUUUUCCUAAAUUGGCUAUUACGACCCAGUUUAAUCAGAACUCCUGGCUUGCUGAAUAUUCCCAGAUUUGUGCAGCCUUUAAAUUGAAUUAAUCUUUUCAUUAUUGUAGGUUUCUUAUGUUUUUCAAUUUCAGUUUUACAACAAAAAUAAAACGGAGGAAAUGCAAAAAUCACUGUUACAUAAAGGCAGUAAAAUCGAUUAAUACAUAUUGUGUUAUUAUUUAUGUAAUGCAAACCUAUUCAGGAUCACCUUACAAUGUGAUUGAAAAGUAACAAACACUACACAAGUUAUAGAAACACUAUAGCGUUGGGAAACCCCUUCCCCCCCGAGGCACAUUAAUAUUUUUUAAAAAUGUAAGUUUUACAUAAAGGCUGCUUGCCUCCCCACUUCCAGUGACAUCACGGAGGAGAUAUGGCCUCCUACGACGCCGUCCAAUCCAAUGCUCCACAUAGGAGCAAUUGGGACCUAAUGCGCAUGCUCAGCAAACGCUGUGUUUCCAAACGUCCCCAUCGGAAAGCAUGCUACACAAUGGGACUUCUGCGUCACGUGACAGUUUCACUUGGUCAUUUAGUGUCAUGCUGUCAGCCAUUUGAUGUGGACUUAGUCCUGCAAUGUAAACAUUCCAGUUUCUAAAAACUGUUUUACAUUGCAGGGAUAAAAUGAUAGAACCAAUGCACCCACUUUGUGAAUUUCAGUCUAGGAAGAUGUCUUCUAAGUGGGAGUUAGUGAUGAGUGUAAUUGAAGAAUUAUAGAAGAAAAGAAUUCUGAAGAAAUGAAGUUCUUUGUCUUAAUUGUGACUACUUUUAAUUUGAGUCUGCUUCUUGAUUUCAGCCCGGAGAAGCUUGACAUGCGCAUGGGUUUUGAUCUCUGUGAUGAUGAGAAAAUAUUUCUCCAAAAUAGAAGUAAAGUGUCCGCUGCAGCGUUAAAGAAGGUUCUGAAUCUAGAGCGAGAUCUUCAAGCAGACGAGGUGAGGAAUCCUAACGACCAACAAUAUGUAAUGAUAACUUUGUGCAGGUUUUUUGGCAACAAUUGUUGUGGCUGUUUAAUGAGGGGCGAAGGAAGAGAUGUGAGCAGAGUGAGUGUUCACAGCGGCCUCCCCUCCUUACCUUCCAUGAAUGACGAGUGACGUGGAGUGCAUAUAAUAGAAUCUCAGCUUUACUGGAUCCACCACAAACCAUACCGGAGUCAGUGGAUUAGGGGUUUGGUAGGACUGAGCUAAAUGACUAACUGUGGCACCCCAGAUGUUUUACAACUACAAUUUAUAUGAUAAACCCAGUCUGACUGCACAUGAUGGUAACGAUGGCAUAGGCCUGAAAAUAGGAAUGACGUGGAGUUGGUUGGCUUAUGUCAUGUGGAGAGGAAUGGGGGUACAAAUGCACUCCAUAAAAAUACACCCCAGCAUUCACACCCACUGCAUUCCAAUAUACUCCAUUAUUCACACACUGCAUUCCAAUACACCCCCAGCAUUCACACCCACUGCAUUCCAAUACACCCCAGCAUUCACACCCACUGCAUUCCAGUGCAACCCAUCAUUCUCACAUACUGGAUUCAAAUAUACUCCAUUAUUCACACCCACUGCAUUCCAAUACACAUCAGCAUUCACACACACUGCAUUCCAAUAUACUCCAUUAUUCACACACUGCAUUCCAAUACACGGCCAGCAUUCACACCCACUGUAUUCCAGUGUAACCCAUCAUUCUCACAUACUGGAUUCAAAUAUACUCCAUUAUUCACCACCACUGCAUUCCAAUACACAUCAGCAUUCACACACUGCAUUCCAAUAUACUCCAUUAUUCACACACUGCAUUCCAAUACACGGUCAGCAUUCACAUCCACUGUAUUCCAGUGCAACCCAUCAUUCUCACAUACUGUAUUCAGAUAUACUCCAUUAUUCACACACACUGCAUUCCAGUAAGCCCCAGCAUUCCCACACACUCUAUUCCAAUACACCCCAGCACUCACACACACACUGCAUUCCAAUACACCCCAGCACUCACACACACACUGCAUUCCAUUACACACCUGUAACCGCUGGUGGUUCCCUUAUUUACCACUAUAAUGUCUUAAAGCAUAGAACUUAGUAGGGCUAACCAUACAGAUAUCUUAGCCAUAAUUUUAUAUAGUGUAAGAGAUCCUCUAUUUAACAUAUAUAAAUAAUUGAGAAUACAAUAUAAAAUAAGGAUUGUCUUGGAAGCAAUAGUUUUGUCUUUUUGGAUAUUUAUUAUAUAAAAAUAUAAAUGUAAAAUCCAUUAUAGCAGAGUUUAUCAGAGUAAACUAAAUGCUUGCAAAUAUCAUUAAUAGGUUAACAUACCCUUCUGAACAUGUCAUCAUGUCAGCCUCUCUGUCAUUUUAAGAUGGAGCAGCGUCUGUCUCCAAGUCUCUCCUCUGUGUUUUAACAUUUAAAAGUACACCUAUUUAUACCUUAGAUGUCUCCAUUUUAGGUUACUGUAGUUCAAAUAUGAAAAAGUAACACUUCUUUUACUUUAUUCAGUUUAGGACCUCCCUUAACUUGGCAAACAUACAAGGCCAUAACUAAAGGGUGUAUACGUCAUGGAAAUUUUCCUGACUUAGUUCAAGAUGGCAUCUUAAAGUUUGAAUAGUUUAUCUGUUGUUUAUACUAAGUCGUAAGUGUACAGUCGUGGGAGAUUCCCGGAUUUGGGGAAGUUCCAUUAACUUGGGGUUACCACAGUAUAUUGUGUACUGCAAGAGUCGUAGUAUAGCCUUGAAGCUUGUUUAUGCAUUAUUGUUAUUGUAAUUCGUCUGGGACAAAAUGGCGCAAACAUAUUAUGCACUGAGGUUAUUGCUUAAAGAAACAGUUAUGAAAAACAAUAUGUUCCAUUUCUAACACCUUGUCAGUUUGCAAUAUCUCUUAAAGACAAAGUACACAGUUUAAGAAAUACAACAUUUCAUUCUAAAACUUGUAAUAUUUGCAUUUGCCCGUAACACACCAGCACUCACAAACUGCAUUCCAAUACACCCCAGCACUCGCACCCUCCCCCAUUCUGCUGAUUGGACUGCUCUAUAAUUGCAUGGAAUGGUUCAUGUUAUCUCAGACUAUGUUCGAUUUGAAAUAGGUUCCUGUGAUUGCUGUCACAACUACUGGUGGCGGCGCAAGAGCAAUGACCGCACUCUAUGGCAGCCUGUCUGGGCUAAAGAAAAUGAGUCUUCUGGACACGGUGUCCUAUAUCACUGGAGCAUCUGGCUCCACCUGGUAAGAAGGAACGUUCCUGUCAAUGUAUUCUCCAUUUGUGACAGCAACUUUAUUCCUGCUUGGAACCAUUUAGGCUUCAAAGUUAUUGCAAAGAAUGCUGGAUUGGUUUAUGUUCAAAUUACAGAGCGAUAAAUGUCCUCCCCUCUAGGACUGUAUUAGAAUAGUGACCGGUCCAAGCUUUCUCAAUACCUUUAUAUCCAAGAAUGAGAAUAAUUGCUCUGGGACUUAAUAAAGAAAAUAGUUGAAGGUUUAUUCUAUCAACAUUUCAGUGUUUUACCAGAAUUUAAUCAGGACAAGUUUUUAGAAACCAGAAUUAUUCACCUACAAAAUGUACGACCUGCAUCCCCCAUGGAAAUAAAACUUCUCUAUAACACCGUAAGAUGCCAUUAACCAAAUGUAGGAAUCAAGGAAUUAUGGAUUUAUAAUAUAAUAACCUUUACUGUAAAAUACUGCAACUUAUUAAAAAUGUGAUUGGAAAAAGACUAUAUUAUAAGCCGUCAGUCAUAGCUGGAAAUAUAAUGGUAGGUUGGUUAAAUCUUCAAGUUUAAUUUCUAGGUAGACAAUGGUAACCAGGACAUAACCGCCCCAACCUUGAUUCUUUCUUUUAUGAAAAUUAUUGAUUUAAACCAGGGUAGUAACACGGGAUAUAAGGAUUCCUGUCACUGGGAUGGACAUAUAUAAUUAAUAAUUUAUUAAAAAAUAUAUAUCUAUAUCUCCCCUUUAACAGGUAGAUAACAUUUGCGGUGGCCUCCUGAGGUAUGGGCUCGUUUUACCAUUAAUCUCAGGUAGACUGGGAUAUGUCCAAGUGCCUCCUAUAAGUGUAGUUAUAUUCCUGAGCAGCAGCUGACACCAUUUUAUUUCAGAUUGUUUACAAGCCGAAUCAAUGUUUGCCACUGAAAUAUCUUGCUUUAUUAUCGCCGAAUCUGAUACUGCAUCCAAAAAUUAUCCACUUCUAAUUGGAUACCUCGUGGUACAUUUUCAAACCUGCUGCUCAAACCAUGAACUGCUCUGAAAUGCAGUAAAAUACACUUUAUAACUUCUCCAAACUCUGUGCACGGUUUCAGUCCUGUGUGUUUGUAUUUAUUUGCUAGGGGCAUGUGUAAGCUGUAUGAGGACCCUGACUGGUCACAUCAUGACUUGGCUCGGCCGAUACAAGAAGCCCAGAAGAUAUUGACCAGCAGUAAGCUCUCUGCUUUUAGCUUCGACUGCUUGGCCUUCUACCGAGAUGAAAUGAAGAAGAGGGCAGAGAUGGGCUAUAAGACUUCUGUUACAGAUCUCUGGGGUCUGGUGAUUGAGUCCAUCUUGCAUGAUGGGGUGCGUUAACCAUACAGUUUGCGGUGUGUGUUUUUAGAGCAUGGCUCAUUUAGUUAGAGGGCAUUUUUAUAUUAUUCUUCCUCUGAUGAUUUAUUCUGUUUCAAUCACAUCUGUUUCUAACAUUUAUUGAUAUCCACUCAAGAAAAAUCCAUGUAGGGCAACACAAGGAACAGUGGUCUACUAAAUUGGUAGCCUGGGACAUAAUGAGUAACAUGGGGUGGCUGUAUGGUCCAGAGUGGCUAAAUAAAUUGUGGGGUCAACUGAUCACAACCCCCCUCACUGGAGUUUAGAUUAGUUUUGCUAGUCAGGGCCAAAUGAGGGGGAUUAUAGGGGAGAUUGUACCUGUGUAUCUUCACUUUCCUUCCUAUAUAAUUACAUGUAUGUUUUACUUUUUUCAUAACAGAUCAAUGACACAAAACUCUCUGAUCAAAGAAAGGCUUUAAAUCAAGGACAGAACCCGCUGCCUCUAUACCUAGCAAUGAACGUGAAGGAUUCUGAUAGAACCACUCUGGAUUUUAAGGGUAAGUAAUGGUGUUUUACAGAAGAUAUUAUUACUGAUACAUAUCUGUUUGUGCAGGAUCAUCAAAUCCCUCAAACCGUAGUGUAUUUUCCAUAAAUACUAAAUACAUAAAUUCCAUUAAAAACAAUAUCACUGUACCCCAUUCCUGCUAGGAACGGGGUACAUUGACGUUAUGGCAGGCUUAUGCAAUGUAUGAUCAUAUACUGUAACUAAACACCCAUUACUUUUUGCUUAGGUGAGUUGUUUAAAAAAAAAAAAACUAUUACAGACUUAAAAUUGCUGCUUAGUGAAUGGACUAGCGCACUGGAUGUUGUAUGAUAUAUAUAUAUAUGUAUAAGGAAUAAAGGAUAGGAGAACAACUUACGUAAUGGAGAAGGGGGGUCCUACCUUUAUUAAUUCUAGGGAAUAUUUGAACUAAAGAAAUCAAAAGACUAAUAUACUGAUACAGCCAUGAGGGGGAGAGACUAAGUAGCGCUUAGGGGAACGGUGGCAACAGUGUCCCAUAAUAAAAGCCCAUUCACUGUCAAGACUGCAUGGAUACAGUGACCUCAAUGUUGCACAACAAUAUAGAGUGAACCCUAGAGAAAAUAAUUAAAAAAGGUUUAGCAGGAGGUAAAAAGGUAAAGAUGAGGGUUGGAGGGUCUAAAGCCCCACUAGUAUCAACCUUAACCCCAACACGUCUUUCCCUAUAAAUACCUCCGCACCGUGGGCAAGCCACUAGUGCUCAUCGAAACCACUCUCCCUUGCUUCUUUCCUGGGCUUCUGAAUUAUCUUCAUUUGCCUUUUCAUGUGUAUAUAUAGCGGAGAAUACACACAACCUAAACUAUUAAUAUAAAUGAGUACUCGUGCAGGUUCUUUUAUAUUUUAAAGGGACACUAUAGUCACUUAAACAACUUUAUCUUAAUGAAGCAGUUUUGUUGUAUAGGUCAUGCCCCUGAGGUCUCACUGCCCAAUUCUCUGCCAUUUGAAUUGUUUUGUUUAUACAGUGCUAGUCACACUUCCCUGCAUGUGACUUACACAGCCUUUCCAAAAACUUCCUGUAAAGAGUCAUCUAAUGUUUACACUUCCUUUAUUGCAAAUUCUGUUUAAGUUAGAAUGUAUCUAUUGCUCUGCUAGUAAUUUUCUAGACCCUGCAGGUAACAGAAACAAAAGUGAUUUAAUGCUUAAAUGGCAGUCAGACUGCAGAGGCGUGAUCUAUACACCAUAACUGCUUCAUUAAGCUAAACUUGUUUUGGUGACUAUAGUAUCCCUUUAAGGAGUACAUUAGGUCAAUAGAACAUUAGUCUGUCACCCCAUGGGUGAAUAUUAUUAUUAUUAUUAUUAUUAUUAUUAUUAUUAUUUAUAAACUGCCAACAAGUUCUGUAGUGCUGUACAAUGGGUGGACUAACAGACAUGUAUUUGUAACCAGAAAAGUUGGACACACAGGAACAGAGGGGUUAAGGGCCCUGCUCAAUGAGCUUACAUGCUAAAGGGAGUGGGGUAUAGUGACACAAAAGAUAAGGUUAUGAUAGAAAAGUAGGUUGCUUGGAUAGCAUUCAUUAAGGGCUUAAUGUUUUGUUUUGAUGAGAGGAAUCGGGGUGCGGGGAGGGAAAGCUGUUCACAGUUUAAUUGAUAUGCUUUCCUAAAGAAAUAUGUUUUCAAAGAUUAUUUGAAGGAGUGGAGACUGGGUGAGAAUCUAACAGAGAGGGGAAGGGCGUUCCAUAGGAACGGUGCAGCCAUAGAGAAGUAUUUAAGGUGAGCAUCAUAGAUGGGAGUACGAACAGAGGUUAGACGUAUGUCUCCGGCAGAGUUUAGGGGCCUAGACGGGACAUAUUUGUGUAUUAGUGAGGAUAAGUAGGUGGGAACAACAUCUGUAAGCAAGUGUCAGGAUCUUAAUUUGAGCCACAUAUCUCACGGGAAGCCAAUGAAGGGACUAACAAAGGGGGGGAGGCAUGGGAGGUGCGGGCAGACAGGAAGAUGAGCCUCGCCGCCGCCUUUAUUAUAGACUGUAACGUUGCAAGUUGGGAACACGUAAGACCACUGAGAAGUGGAUUGCAGUAGUCAUGGCGAGUGAGGACAGUGGCAUGGACAAGCACUUUUGCCGUACCAAGUGUUAAAUAGGGUCGGAUGUGCGCAAAAUUUUUGAGAUGGAAGCGGCAGGAUUUGGCGAUUGAUUGGACAUGAGGGGUGAAGGAGAAGUCGGAGUCAAAGAGAACACCUAGGCAGCAAGCCUUUGAGAGAGAGUGGAUGGUGGCACCAUUGACUUGGAGGGACACAGACAUGGGAGUAGCAACACUUGAGGGUGGGAAGACCAGAAGUUCUGUUUUGGAAAGGUUCAGUUUAAGGAAAUGAGCAGCUAUCCAGUUGAAAAUAGCUGAGAGGCAAUCAGAGACAUGAGUCAAGAGGGGUAGUGAGAAAUCAGAGGAGGACAGAUAAUUUGCAUGUAUAUAAUUGUCUUUGUAUGUUUACAGAGCUUCUAGGUCACUACGUUAAUCGUCUUUGUGGCUCUAAACCAUCAGUACUGUAUGCGUACAUUCAACUGGGGAAAGUCUAUAAAUCUAUGCCAAGAAUGUUUUUUUUAACAUGUCACAGGUACAAGGAUUUGCUGUGAGUUUGAUUACAUUAAUAUAUACAUAAAUUGUUCUGUUCUUUUCCAAUCACAGAGUGGUGUGAAUUUUCUCCGUACGAGGUGGGCCUCUUUAAAUAUGGUACAUUUAUUCGUUCAGAGGAUUUUGGCAGUGAGUUUUUCAUGGGUCAGUUGAUAAAGAAACUCCCCGAAUCCAGGCUGUGCUAUUUACAGGGUGAGACACAUUUCGGUUUGGUUUGGCAGUGGUGAUGGUCACUGGGUGGAUAGGCAAAGAUUAAUGUUAACAAUGCAGGUCUUUGAAUCCUGUUUUUCAUGAAUAUACUGCGAGCGCUAAACUUAGAAGUGAUUUACAGUCCCUUCCAGAAUUUGUCUCCACAAACAAACAAACUAAAGUUGGAGUACUGUCUGGGGGAAUACAUUUCAACUUUACUGUUGAAUACAUUGAACUAUACACAGGAUAAAGGUUUGUACAAUACUCACCCCAAAAAAACAUACAAACACAAUCAGUGAGUCUUUAUAGUCUAACAACCAUUGCUAAGACCCAGUUUUUCAAGACCCAUGUUUUUCCCCCCAAACUUGCCUAUUUUCCCAUAGAAAAAGUGCCACCAUUUUCUGUUUCACAACCUUUCAUCGUGUGUGGAAAUGUACAGAUUGGGUAUCUUCUUUCUUCACGGGAUAACACAACUGAGGAUAAAGAGUCACUAAUGGAAGAUCGUAGACCCCAUCCUAGAACUGUUUAAAAUACUCUCUGGGAAUACGGGUCAUUAUAGGAAACGUUAUACAUUAAAGUGCAUUUAAUGUGUUUUUAAUUCAACCAUUUUGUCCUAAAAUUUAAAAGUUCACUUUUUUCAAAUUCCUGACAAAUUACAGUUUUAACUUUGUGUGUCUUGGUAGAUUCACAUUUACUAGUAGACUUGUGCACAGCCAGAAAAUUAAGAAUAUAUUUUUUUUUUUUCACAAAAGUAAAAAGAUUUGAGUUGAAUUUCGUUUAUAUGUUGGCUCUGCGCUGCAGACUGGUACUGAAUCAGACCAACAAAAAAAUUAUUAUUUUUUGUUUAAUUUUACCAUCAGUCAUUUCUUUUGGUGCAACAGGCAGAAUUCCAAUUCACAAAUCAAAACAAACAAACAAACAAAUGUGCUUGGCCAAUGUGCAUUUCAGUUGUUUCAUAAUCCGGGUACAUUUCAGCUCGGAGUUCAGUAAUUCAAUGGACUUGUACGAAAUGCAGUUCAGACCGAAAUGUAUUUCUAAGUUUACUAAUUAGCCCAAGGAUUACUCUCUUCUCCAACCACGAGCACACUAAGCUACGUGGUGACCCCAAAGCACUCCGUAGGCCAUUAUCAUGGUGUCUGCCAUCUCUCACAAGUCCAUGUAGACCCCAAUUAUUGGAAGGGCAAAUAAAGCACAGUAUGGGUAUAAGUACAAUUUACUAAUAAACUAAAAUAACUGUGUGUGUAUUAUGGGAUUGUUGUCUUGUUUGAUUAAUUGUAUGCAAUACAUUUCAACUUAUAAAUAUGAAAACUGGUCUUUGCUAUUUAUCCGUUAUACCUCAUGUUACAUAUAUUUUUACCAGUAGGCUGCCUCAAGCUGUUGGCAAGUGACUUUAUUAGUAAAGGCUGGGUUAUCUCAAUAUUGUUUAACUUCUACUCUUAUUUCAUAGGGUUAUGGAGCAACAUCUUCUCCAUAAAUUUAAUGGAUGCUUGGUUUGCGGCUACAACUUCUGAAAAUUUUUGGGAACGGUUUACAAAGGAUAAUGUACAGCACCUUGGUAGGAUAUUUUGUCUUUGUUUUAUAAUAAAACUGCACAUGUGUAUAUAAAAACCAUGAGAGCUUGCAAAACUUGUAGAUCUCUUGUCUGCAGCCUUAGCAAGCCCUCCCCUUCUAACCCCGCCCAGACUUUCUGUGGCUGUCCAAUCACAGACUUUGCAAUGUAGCUCAAUGAGAAGUCUUUGCAAGUCAGGUUCUCUGGGUAAUUGCUGCCUAUAGAGUUUAGUUCCACUGAGCUCAACAAACCAGGAAGUAACAGGACUGGUUCUCUGAUUGACAGCUGGGGGGGGGAGGGGGGGAGGGUGGAACCAGAUUAAUUCAGAAAAGUGCUGUUUAUAUUAAAAUCGACACUGUUUGUAAAAUAAAAAAAAGACGCUCUUCUCACACAAAGCAUUUUAGCAAGCCAAAGUAGCUUCAAUUGACGUGUAUUUUUAAACAGAUGAUGAAGAAGCUCUAGCAAAAAGAAGGGAAGAUCCUAAUCUAUCUCUGGCAAAAAGAAGUGAGGAUAGCACUGGUGCGGAGACCCGUGUCAUCCAGCCUUCAGGGAAAUUAAGCAGCACCGUGAGGGACAUUUUAACUAAGCGACCGAUUGAUGGGGAUCAGCACAAUUUCCUGAAAGGACUUCAAAUUCACAAGGACUAUGUCAAACAUAAAGGAUUCACGUCAUUUGAAGGUAAACCAACCAGUGGGAAUUGGAAGCUUGUUCCUUCUACGCAACUCUGCUUAAAUUCAUAGAACUGUACUGUGGCUAUAGAAAAUCUCUUUUAGUACAUGUGGGCCCCCAAGAAUGAGCAAGUCCAGCCAAAAGGUUCCUAAACACAUGGCUAUAUAUAGUUUAUACAAAUGGCAAAAACAGCCAAAUGUCCUGAUAUUGGCUACUUGAAGUAUUUUUUUUUUUUAUCUUAUAUUGUUGCAAGAAUUUUUUUUAUUUUUUUUUAAAUAUAGGGCUCAAAAUGUCCACUAGCCACUGAGUGAAAGUUUAGGUCCUGUGAGUAGAAAUUAAACCUUUGUGAGCAAAUGACUCCAGAAUUGCAGUGGCCACUAACGUUAAAUCUUGAAUGGUAACAAAGACCGUGUAAUGUUAAACCCAGAUAUAGAAUAUUUAAAAAAAAUGCGUAAAAAGGCAGAAUAUCAGAGAGUGGAAAGGGCAAAACGUAAAAUACUCAUUUAAUUGCAAUUUUUUUCAGACACAAAGACCCGACAAUGUCCAAACGAGCUGACCCCAUUCACGGACAGCCUGUGCUUGGUGGACAGUGCAUAUUAUAUUAACGCCAGCUUCCCAUCCUUGCUGCGGGAGGAACGCAAGGUGGAUGUAAUCCUGUCAUUUGAUUAUUGUUUGUCCAGAAAGUUUCUGGUAAGUCACUGCAAUCCAUUCAACCUAAUUCUAACACCGUAAAAACUUGUCUUUGGUUAAGAUUCCAUCUCUGGGAAAUACUUGUUUUAUUUAGGGUGGGGGGGGGUCUAACUAUAUUUACAUGUUGGGUUUAACCCCUUUGCGACGUUAGACAGAAAUUUUCCGUCAUGCUUGUCCUUGCAUUAAGGAUACAUAAUGGAAAAUUUCUAAAGUUAACCCUAGAUCGCUCUGUCCCUGCAGCUGUGAUCACUCUGACAGGCUAUCAAUGACUACAGUGAUCAAUUUGCAGAGACUCCAUUUUACUGUGGUCUGUUUUUUUGUUUUUUUAAACGCUCAGGGGUUAAAUUUAUUUUAUUAAUUUAAAUAUUUUAAAAUUUUAUGUUUAGCUAGCUGGAGUGGGUGGAAGUUAGUGGGGAAUUGGGGAAUUUGGUUAGGUUAGCUAGGGGUUAAUGUUAAAAAAAAAAGCUUAAAGUAAAAAAAAAAAUUUUUUAAAAAUGUUUUAAUAAUGUUUAAAAAAAGUACCACCCCUAAUAAAAAUUAACCCCUUCUCUGGCUAUAGUGAUCAAAAUACAGAUCACAGUAUUAUACUGUGAUAUGAUUUUUUAUUUUUUUUUAACCCCUGAGGGUUAUCUUAUAAAUUAUUUUAAAAUUAUAUAUUUUUCUAGCUGGGGUGGGUGGGAGUUAUGGUAAAUUUGGGGAAUUUACUGUUAGUGCUACUUACUGCUAGUUACGGGUUAACGGUAAAAAAAAGUAAUAAGUAAAAAAAGUUUGAAAACAAGUUUUAAAAAGAGUAAAUAAAUACAUAAACAAUGCUAAUUACCACUACACCUGAAAACAAAAUAGUAAAAAAAUGAUCCAAUGCUAAGGUUCAAAAUAUGCAUUUUGAAGUACCCUGGGAUGUCUUCUUUAAGAAAUGGUAUGCCUUUAUGGGGUAGUUGGAAUAUAUGGCCUGCUAAAAUACUCCAAAAUGGGAAAUGGACACAGCGUAAAAAUUCAAAGUUUGAAAAAAAAAUUGAAAGGGCACAUUUGAGACACAGGCAUUGCUGUACUCAUACGACACAGCUGAGCAACAUAUGAAGUAUUAGUCAGCCAUAGCACACAUAAGGUUUUCAAAAUAUACUGUGCAAGCUCACUUUGUGUGUGUCAAAGGCAGAAAAAAACGCUUAAUACCACUAACACUUGGUACAAGCUAGUGGAAAGAUUAUUUCACGAUAAGGUUCAAAAUAUGCCUUUUGAAAUACCCUGGGAUGUCUUUAUGGCGUAGCCUGUUAAAGUGCUCCAAACUGGGACAUCGACGCAUCUAAACCCUCCAUGAAAAUCCACACUUAAAAACCUUCACUUGUCACGUCUCUUUUACAGCACUGUAACUUCACAAAAUAGUGUCUAGGUCAUACGUUGGGCAUAUUGUUUUAAUCAGAAGAUGUAACUGAGCAUAAUUUGGGGGCUUUUAUGACAGUGGCACAUAUCAAGUGUAAGAAAUACUCAUCAAAAAUGCAACAUGUAUGUAAAAAUGCAAUUUCUUCCCUUCACCACAAACAUUGGCAUGAAUUGGUGAAAAAAUGGUGACAAAUUAAGGCACAAUAAAUGCCAUAUAAGAUACCCUGGGGUGUCUGCUUUAUCAAAUGAAAGCCCUUUGUGGGGUUAUUUGAACAGUCACACUGGUAUAAUACCCCAAAAUGAGACAUAGGCCCAUCAAAUCCAUCUACGAAAAUUCUAACUAUAGAAACUGAAAUAGCCUGGUCUAUUAUAUGGCAUUGUAGCUUCACAGAAUAGUGGCAAAGGCAUACAACAGGGGUAUCCUUAUAUUCAGCAGAUGUAGCUGAACACAAUAUGGGGUUCUGUGCAGGAAUACCGCACACACCAGCUUUAGGAAACACACAUUACAAAAACCUUGUUAUAUGUUUAUAUGCCAAAACAGAGGAGAAAAAACAAUUUUACUCCAAUAUUUGGUAGAGAUUGGUGAUGAAAUGGCUAUGCAAAAUGUGUCAAACUAACCUUAGGUAAAUAGCCUGUGAUGUCUACUUUAUAUAAAUAUAUACUUUUCUGUGGCAAUUUUGUUUUCUGUGAUGGCUACUAAACCUACAAAUAUCUAUAAAGCAAAACACAUAAAUUAAUUUAUUUUGAAUUACUUUUUUCGUAACCUGGACAUAUUAUGCACACGCUAUGAUUGCCAAAACUGUGAAAGUGUUUUUUCCCCCCUUUUUUUUUAUAAGUAAUGAGACAUUAUCUAUGUAUAUGUGACAUCAAAUUAAAGCCCUUUUUGCCCUCUAAAAAAUGGUAUAUAAUAUGUGUUGGUGCAAUAAAUGUGUUCAAACGCAAUUUGCAUCUCUGUCAAACAGCAAAGAUUUCAAAAAUGGCUUGUGUCCUUAAGGGUAAGGCAAUCUUUUGAAGCUGUGUCCUUAAGGGGUUAAAUAUUUUAUUCAUAUGUUUGGGAGAUAUCCUUAAAGGGACAGUCUGAGCUACAUAGCUACUAAAGCAAACUGUAGUGGGUAUGGUACCAGCAUGCUUCGGCUGCCAUCCCACAGUACUUUAACAAUAUCAAUUUUGUCCACAUUUGGAUGAUAUUCACUGGCAGUGCGUCUCAGUUGACCUAUGCCGGGUCUCGCUGCCAACUAUCACUUUGUGUGACACCGCUGUAAAGGUUUAACCAUGAAUCCAGGUUUGGUGCCGGGGCAUGCUGUGGUGGUUAUAGUGUUAUAGAUCAAAUCAAGUGUUUGAUUAUAUGUCUGUCUACUCCGUUCCAAAUUAAUUAAUUGUGUGCACGCUUUCCUAGAAAGUAAUUCACACCGGAGACAUGUUUCUGGUUUGUGAAAAACCUGAGGAAUAUUUAUUCCAAGGGGUGGGACCCCCUUAUAAAGCAGAAAUACGUCAUAUGCAUAGUUACAGAUAACACAAAGUAUACUUUCAACUUUUAACAGUCUAAGGGGUCUUUCCUGAUACCACCCCACUGGGCGUGAGUCCAGCAUCGUCACGUGACAUUUCUUUGUAUCCCAGCCCCAUUUUAUUACACAUGGCAAGUUCUUAAGAGAGAGACGUUAUUUUAACAAAGAAAGUGGGGGAGGGGUUAGAAAGGGAAGCAGCUCCUUUAACACAGUGAAUCUUCAUUUUGUUACACAAGGCUUUGCUCAAUAGGAAGGGGGGGGGGAGCAGGAUGAGAGAGGUUUACAGAGGAAAUGGUUACUAAGCACACAGAGGGGGAAGGGAAACAUUUUACUGAAUGGGCACACAUGUACAGAGAAAAAUAGACAUUUUAUCCAUUCAAGUAUUUUGUCCCUAACAAUAGUAUGUAUAGUACCAUUUUAAGAAGAUACCUUUUAUACAUGAUAAAAAUAUGUAUGUGCCUCAUUGCAAAGAGUCAGUAGAUCUGUAUGGUAUACAAUCCUAUUAAACGGCUUGUGAUUUCAGUCAGUGGAACAGACUCAAACCUACUGUGCCCGUCAGAAAAUCCCCUUUCCCAAAAUCCAGUUAAGCGAAGAGGAAAAAAAGCACCCCAAGGAAUGUGUUAUGUUUUACGAACCAGACAAUGCUGAAGCUCCAAUCAUUCUCCAUUUCCCACUCGUAGCUGAUACAUUUCAAGACUUCAAAGAACCAGGUAAGUUAUUAAGCUUAUUUGCAUGAAAAUGUAAUUUAAAUGUAUUGGGUCUCCAUACCGUUGGCACAAAGCGUGCCACUUGAGUUCAGUACUUUAAGCUUACAUCGAUCGUUAUGUUUUAAAGUACCUUAUUUGUGAUCUCUCUCCCUACAAGGUGCAUGUAUGAGCCAUGCUGCCAUUGUUUGAAAGGGCACAAAGGGUCACAGGCAGUGGCGGUCUACUUAUAGUUGGUGGAAAUAUUUUUUAAAAAAUUGUAACACAAAUAGAAAAUGAAAAAUAAAUAAUUACAUAAAAUAAAGGUAUGCCUCACUCAAAAAAUAGAAAGCAGUGUCCAUGCUGUGUGUGUUUUUACCCCUUUAAAACCCGUGCAAUGAGCUACUGAGAAAAAAAUAAUAAUCUUGUUCGUGGCAAAGGCACUGGCGUGCUCCGAAACGUGCGUCAAACUAGUUCCCCUGUUGGGACUUGACUUUCUUGGUAAUUGUAUUUGUCACAUUUAAUUUUAAGGCAAAUAAUUAUAUAUAUAUAUAUAUAUAUAUAUAUAUAUAUAUAUAUAUAUAUAUAUAUAUAUAUAUAUAUAUAUAUAUAUAUAUAUAUAUAUAUAUAUAUCUCCUGCUUACUGAAUUAUUCUCAAUAAAUGUGAAUGUAAUGGAUUUUUUUUUUUGAUUUUUUUUUUAAAUCCUCGGUUUUGCUUUUCCAGGGGUAAAACGCAGCCCCGAGGAGCAUGAUGAUGGUCAACUGAAUCUGUCUGGCUUUGGGUCACCAUAUCACCUGCUCAACCUAACCUACAGUGAUAAAGACUUUGACAAGCUGGUAAAACUGACUGAAUACAAUGUCAUGAACAACGAAAAGCUCAUCCUACAAGCUGUGCGGGACGCUAUUGCACAUAAACAAAAAAGCCGGGAUAGCGGAUCAAUCUAG